UUACAAAGCCAUUGACAUUUGCUGACUGUGUUGGUGAUGAGCUUCCUUUAGGAUGGGAAACUGUUUACGAUCAACAGAUUGGAGUUUAUUAUAUGGACCACAUAAAUCAGCUCACACAAAUUGAGGACCCAAGGGAGCAAUGGAGAAGGGAGCAGGAGCGCAUGCUAAAGGAAUAUUUAGUAGUUGCCCAGGAGGCACUCAAUGCCAAGAAAGAGAUUUACCAAAUAAAGCAGCAGCGUUUUGAACUAGCCCAAGAAGAAUAUCAACAAUUGCACAAAAUGUGUGAGGAUGACAGCCGUUCUUAUGCCAGCUCAUUCUCUGGAUUUUCGACUAAUACCAAGUAUGACCCAUAUCAGAUUAAAGCAGAAAUAGCCAGCCGUCGUGACAGACUUUCUAGGUUAAAACGAGAAUUGGCACAGAUGAAGCAGGAGCUGCAAUAUAAGGAAAAAGGAGUGGAAACUCUGCAAGAGAUUGAUCGUAAGAUGUCAAGUGCUCAUACAAAUUAUAGACUGGAUGAAGCACAGGCUAUAAUGAGUGAGCUUCGAACCAUAAAGAAAGCUAUAUGCACAGGUGAAAAAGAAAGGCAGGACCUUAUGCAGAGCCUGGCCAAGUUAACAGAUGGAUUCAGGAAUAGCUGUUGUAUUACAGAUUCCCUGCAGGAUCUCCAGCACAAUUCUGGUUCGCUCAGCGACUCCUGUUUACCUCAACAACACUGCGAUGCUUGUUCUCAGACUGAUAUCACUGGAGAGUUUGGAUUCGAUGACAAAGCAAGACUUGUAGACAAAGUAAGACUGAACUGGCAAUAUGAAGAGGCCAAGAAAAGAGUUUCGAAUAUACAACAGCAGCUGGCCUUGCUAGACAAUGAAUCUUGGCCAGGAAUGGCUGAAGCGGACAGGGACCGUCUUCAGCUCAUCAAAGAGAAGGAGGCUCUUCUUCAGGAGCUGCAGGUCAUCAGUCAGCAGAGACGAUCCCCAGAAGAUGUUGCACGUUUGGAGGAAGAAAAAAGACGCCUGGAGGAUGAAAUUCAGCGGGCUCGAGCAACGUCUGCUCAUGGGGCCACUGAAAGGAUACUGUUACAGGAAAAGAGAAAUUGUUUGCUUAUGCAACUAGAAGAAGCUACACGUUUAACCUCAUAUUUACACUCCCAGUUAAAAAGUACUCUGUCGGCUAGUACCCUCACCAUGUCCUCUGGCAGCAGCCGGGGAUCCUUGGCCUCCAGCCGAGGAUCCCUGGCCUCCAGCAGAGGCUCCCUCAGCUCGGUCAGCUUCACGGACAUCUAUGGCCUUCCACAGUAUGACAAGUCAGACAGUGUUACAGACUACAGCCACCAUUUGCGCUUUGACAUAAUUCCCUUCGAGUCGCUCACAAAGGACGUGCCCUACGCUGAUCCCGUUGGACACUCGAAUUUCAGUAAGCAGCGGAGGUCUCUGGACACCCCACAGUCCCUGGCGUCCCUGUCGUCGCGGUCCUCCUUGUCAUCAUUGUCCCCUCCAAGUUCGCCUCUGGACACCCCGUUUCUCUCUGCGUCUCGAGAUUCUCCCUUGGCUCAGAUGUCGGAAGGUUUUGAGGAGAUGGCAAGCAUAGGAGCCCUGGAAAUGCUCAGGGCUCAGACCACAGCCCUGGGUGAUGAUGAUAACCAAGGAACAAGUUCAUCUCAGACAUCCACUUACCCGGUGGACAGUGAAGGUCUGCGAGAAAUGGGACCACAGCUGACUGCUGGCCAAACUGGUGGAGCUGUAACUCUGCGAGGAGACAGUGGUAGAAGAUCGGAGAGGAGAGCCAGGCGAGUUUCAGCAUGUCUCUCAGAUCAUUCACUGACUAGUGACAGUGGCGUAUUUGAAGCUUUAAGCAAAAGGAAUGAAGAUCUGGAAGAACCUGUUUAUGGUGAUGCUGUCAGUAAUGAAGAACCGCAAAUACAUGUUGGGUUUCUGCAUGACAGUGGAAGUGAAUGUCUGUUAGUCCAUGUAUUACAGCUGAAGAACUUUACUAGUCUAGUUGUUAAAGAAAACUGCAAAAUUCAUGUGAGAGUUUAUUUGCCACCGCUUGAGUCAGGCACACCAACCACUUACUGCUCCAGAGCUUUGGAAUUCCAAACUCCAUUAAUAUUUAAUGAAGUUUUCCGAAUCCCUGUGCAUUCCAGUGUUUUGAAGUUAAAAUCACUGCAGUUGUAUAUCUGUUCAGUUGACCAUCAGCAACAAGAAGAACUCUUGGGCAUUGCUCAGAUAAACCUGACUGAUGCAGAGAGUUCUGGUGAGAUGCAGCUUCACUGGUAUUCUGUACAGAUCUUCACUGGUUCAGACCCCCAGAGAGCAAAGAACAGAAACCAGUGUGACGAAAGUAUUCCCCGGUCUUCUGGAAAUGUAACUACAGUUAAAACAGACGCAGUGACAGCCCUGUUAGCUAGGACCACCGCCCAGCUGGAAGCAGUUGAGAGAGAGUUGGCAGAAGAGAGAGUGAAACUGGAGUACACCGAGGAAGAAAUCCUGGAGAUGGAAAGAAAGGAAGACCAAGCGGAAGCCAUAUCAGAAAGGAGCUGGCAAGCAGAAUCUGUUGACAGUGGAUGCAGUAAUUGCACCCAGACUAGUCCUCCUUACCCAGAGCCAUUUUGCGGGGAUUCGUUAGCUGGGCACGUGUUUGCAGCUCAAGCAGGCCAGUACGGUUCUGGAAGAACGCAGCCUCCGCCACUGAAGGUGGAUAAGGAAACUAACACUGAGGAUCUGUUUCCUGAAGAAGUUGCUAUUCUUCCAAAAGAGAGAACUAGCCGCAGGCCACGGGGUUCUGCUUUUGUUCGCAGUAGCACUAUUGUUCGUUCCCAGACCUUCUCGCCUGGAGCACGAAGUCAAUAUGUUUGCAGACUGUAUCGCAGUGACAGUGACAGUUCAACUCUGCCAAGGAAGUCCCCUUUUGUCCGGAAUACAUUGGAGAGGCGCACUCUACGGUAUAAGCAGUCCUGCAGAUCAUCUUUAGCUGAGCUUAUGGCGAGGACGUCGUUAGACCUGGAGCUGGAUCUCCAGGCAUCCAGAACUAGACAGAGACAGCUGAACGAGGAGAUAUGUGUUUUAAGAGAGUUGAGACAGCGUCUGGAAGAUGCCCAGCUCAGAGGGCAGACAGAUCUACCCCACUGGGUCCUUCGGGAUGAGCGAUUCCGAAACUUGUUGAAGGAAGCAGAGAGGCAGACUAGACAGACCAAAUUUGAACAUCACCAAGAGCAAGCAGCUGAAAAGAUGCUAAAGAAAGCAUCCAAAGAAAUAUACCAGUUGCGUGGGCAAAACCAGAAGGAGCCUAUUCAGGUGCAGACUUUUAGAGAGAAGAUAGCUUUUUUUACAAGACCAAGGAUUAACAUACCUCCUCUGCCAGCUGACGAUGUAUGACAUGUUGCAUUGUAAACAUGAAGUAUUUAUCGCUUUUAUUUUAAUGAAGUUAUUAGAUUAGCCAAGUUUCUUU